UGACGCCUACCAGCCCACUUUGGCGAACGGUGCCGCUCCACCACGGGCGCGGCAAUAGCGGAGUAAGGGCCGCCCAAGCGCCGCGCCCUGAGGGCAGCCGCGGGAGCUCCGCCAGCCCCCGCCCCGCCGCUGCGAUUGCAGGCUGAGCGCUGUCCCGCCGCGGGAAGAUCCCCGGCGGAGCAGGCUAGGACGAGCAGCGCCCUCCCUGCCCCCGCGGAGCGGGGAGCGUUCCCGGCCUGACAAGCGCAGCCGCCUGGGCGUGUCUGUGCCGCGCACCCAGUCCCGGGAGCGGCACGGUGCCGCCCUCUGAUCGGGCGGCUGCUGGCAGCGGCCAUCAGGGAGCGGGCGGCGCGUAUGAGGCAGUCAGCCAUGCGGCGCUGGAGAGUCCUACCCGUGUUGGUGCUCCUUGCCGUCGUCGUCCCUGCAAGAGGCAAUAGUGAUUCCUUCAACUUAGAAGAUGCAUUUGAUGUUACAAAGAAGCCGACACCAUCAUCACAUUUGGAUGAUUUAGACUUGCAAGAUGCUCUUCAGCCUCAUGACCCCAAGCCAAAUCCACCUUCAAAUCCAAGAGACUCUGGCAACUUUGAUGAUUCAGAUCUGUUUGAUGGCAAUUUACCUAAAGGAGGUGGCGAUGGUAGUGGCAGUAAUGAACGGAAGGGCGCAAGUCCAGAAAAUGACAAAGACUCCGAGGGUUCUCAGGGAGCAAUAGCUGGAAUUGCAAGUGCUGUAAUUGCUACUGUAAUUGGAGCAGUAUCUAGUUUCAUUGCUUACCAGAAGAAGAAACUCUGUUUCAAACAAAGUGAUGAAGAGAAUGUGAAUAUGGAAAGCUAUCGGGGAGCACAAUCUGAGCCUCCUGUUCAGCGCACACUUCUGGAGAAUUAAACUAAAGAAAAGGUGAUGAAGAACAGAACAUUGAAACUGGAUAGAGAGCCUGCAUUCUGCCUGGAAAAAAAACAAACUUAAAAAAAAAGGAAGAAACAGACAAACAAGAAAGCAUAAUAUGAACAACAGAGUCCGAAGUUGCACGAGAAAACAGUUCCUGUUUGAAACACCUCUGGGAGUGUGACUUAGAUCUGACUAUUUCUGUAUGGUUAGCCCUGUGAAGCGUUGUUGCACACCAAUACAUGGCCUUAAUGACAGGAGGGUGAAGUAUGUCAUGCCUUUACAUUCUUGCCUUUACCCCUGUGACAAACAGGUGUGUCUCAAGCGCAUUCAGUAUGUUUAACUUUUCCUUACCUCUCAAACAACAAUAAGCAAUUAAUGUUUUGCUAUAGCACUGCUUUCAGGCAGUGCAGACAUUCUUCUAGUAUCCUGUACGCAGUGAGUGUACCAACCAAACAACUCAGUGUGUGUUGUGGGCAUCCAAAAGCAAAUGGCUCACCCUGCGUGGGUGUGGGUGUUGCUAAAAUAAACUGUAGCUGCUUGGGUCAGCCACCAGGGAAGAGAUGCUUGUUCUUGAGUGUCCAAGGGACAAAAAUCCAGCUUUGGGGUUUUUUUUUGGGAUUAUUUUUUUUCCAUUACUUCUGUCUGGUACAGAUUCAGAACACAGAAACUGGUGCACACAGACCCUCCAUCCUUUCUGUCUCUGCUUAGCAAGUAUAGAGCUGGUCACAUGUGGAAAAAAACUGAUUUUCAAAUCGGAAUUCUAAUGUGAUUGUAUACAUCUGGUGAGGUUGAUGUUUGGUGGCUGUCUAAACAGUUGUGGAUGAAGUAUGGGGGAGUGGGGACUAAGGCUUCCCUAAUCAAAAGCUUAACAGGAAAUAACAUUGAGUACAGAAGGCUUAUCAUAGGCACUUAAAAGACACAAACAGUAUUGCAGUUCAGAAGUGCACUGUAGUAGCAAGACUGACCAGAGCAGCCUAGCCUCACUCCACAAGCAUCUGUACAUGUGAAGAUUGCUUUUGGACUUGUCAUCAGGAAGAGGACCUGUGCUGGCAUCCUCAACUGCAACUGCUCAUGAGCUUUCCCAUGGCUCGUGAAAGCCACACAGAGGGCUCAAGGAUCUGUUGAAGCAUGGAAAACUGCAACUCAUAACAGUUAAAGGACUAAGUCUGCAGUAAAAAUCAGUUCUGUCUGGAAAGGUCUGACCAGGUCUCUUGGCUUUCAUUCUAAUUGGUUUCAAGUGUAAUGCAGUUUUACAUUAAGUGUCUUACUAAUGUGCUUCAGCCACCUGCAAAGUUCUACAGAAGUGACAUUUUGUGGAACAUCUCAGAAGUCAUUAUGAAUUUGGAUAUUAAACAUGUAAAUAUAUCUCUGCAUUCAACCAUGAAUGUAUGCCAAGGAUAAUUCAUUUAAGAAUUUCUUGUACAUGUUUCUUAGCUUGCAACAAAGCUUUACACAGACUUCAGUAUUUUGUGACGGAAUUAAUUUGUAAACCUCUUUUUGCCCCACUUCUGCUUUUAGUAUAAAAAGUGUUAAAACCUUUAAGGUGGAAAAGUGAUUUUUUAUAUGAACAUGUGACCUAUGUAAAUACAAAGAAAUGAAGUGUACUGCUUACCUGCAUGAAUAAACUGGUAUAUCAAUGCCAAAUGUCAAGAAAACAGAAUUAAGCCAGUAUUUGUUAGGAAAAGAAUGGCAGGGGAAGCUCAAACUAGCUUUUGGCUAACCAGACUCUUGAAUCCUUAUGCUUUUGCAAGCCUAAAAAUUACUUAUUAAAACCUCCUACCAACAUUGUGAUUUUUCUAAAAAUAAAUUCAAAAUGGAAAAAAAAA